CGGGCAGUCUCGCAGCCACCGCAGCCGCCCGCCCGGGAUCGCGCCCGGGACUGAAUCGUGCAAGUUCCCAAUCGGCGUGGGGGAGCCAGGGAGUGGGUCCCGCAGCCGCCCGCACCCGGGGCGAACAUGGCGGUCUCCAAGGUGGCUUUAACCAAGAGAGCAGAUCCAGCUGAGCUUAGAGCAAUAUUUUUGAAGUAUGCAAGUAUUGAAAGAAGUGGUGAAUUUUUUAUGUCUCCCAAUGAUUUCGUCACUCGAUAUUUGAACAUUUUUGGAGAAAACCAACCUAAUCCAAAGACUGUGGAACUUCUAGGUGGUGUGGUGGAUCAGACUAAAGAUGGGUUAAUAUCUUUUCAGGAAUUUGUAGCAUUUGAAUCUGUCCUGUGCGCCCCAGAUGCUUUGUUUAUGGUGGCCUUUCAACUGUUUGACAAAGCUGGCAAAGGAGAAGUUACGUUUGAGGAUGUUAAGCAGGUGUUUGGACAAACCACAAUUCAUCAACGUAUUCCAUUUAACUGGGAUUCAGAAUUUGUGCAACUCCACUUUGGAAAAGAAAGAAAAAGACACCUGACAUAUGCGGAAUUUACUCAAUUCUUACUGGAAAUACAGCUGGAACAUGCAAAGCAAGCCUUUGUGCAAAGAGACACUGCCAAGACUGGAAAAGUGACAGCCAUUGAUUUCAGAGACAUCAUGGUCACCAUUCGUCCCCAUGUCUUAACACCUUUUGUAGAAGAAUGUUUAGUAGCUGCUGCUGGGGGCACCACAUCCCAUCAAGUUAGUUUCUCAUAUUUUAAUGGAUUUAACUCGCUCCUUAACAACAUGGAACUCAUUAGAAAGAUCUACAGCACCCUGGCUGGCAAUAGAAAAGAUGUAGAGGUGACUAAGGAGGAGUUUGUGCUGGCUGCUCAGAAAUUCGGUCAGGUUACACCCAUGGAAGUUGACAUCUUGUUUCAAUUAGCAGAUUUAUUUGAACCACGAGGGCGAAUGACCUUGGCAGAUAUUGAGCGGAUUGCUCCUCUAGAAGAGGGAACUCUGCCCUUUAACGUGGCUGAGACACAAAAGCAGAAGAAAGCUUCAGUUGAUUCAUCCCGACCAAUUCUCCUUCAAGUUGCAGAGUCAGCCUACAGGUUUGGUCUGGGUUCUAUUGCUGGAGCUGUGGGAGCCACUGCUGUGUAUCCCAUUGAUCUUGUGAAAACUCGAAUGCAGAACCAAAGAUCCACUGGUUCUUUUGUGGGAGAACUAAUGUAUAAAAACAGCUUUGACUGUUUCAAGAAAGUACUACGGUAUGAAGGCUUCUUUGGACUAUAUAGAGGUUUGCUGCCACAACUAUUAGGAGUUGCUCCAGAGAAGGCCAUAAAACUUACAGUGAAUGAUUUUGUGAGGGAUAAAUUUAUGGACAAAGAUGGUUCGAUUCCACUUACAGCAGAAAUUCUUGCUGGAGGCUGUGCUGGAGGCUCCCAAGUGAUUUUCACAAAUCCUUUGGAAAUUGUUAAGAUCCGUUUGCAAGUGGCUGGAGAAAUCACUACUGGUCCACGCGUCAGUGCCCUGUCUGUCUUACGUGAUCUAGGGUUAUUUGGAAUCUACAAGGGUGCCAAGGCAUGCUUCUUGCGAGACAUUCCUUUCUCUGCCAUAUACUUCCCCUGUUAUGCUCACAUGAAAUCUUCCUUUACAAAUGAAGAUGGUCAUAUUAGUCCUGGAAGCCUGCUCUUAGCUGGUGCCAUAGCUGGUAUGCCUGCGGCAUCCUUAGUGACCCCUGCUGAUGUUAUCAAGACUCGAUUACAGGUGGCUGCCAGGGCUGGCCAGACUACUUACAAUGGUGUGAUAGACUGCUUUAGGAAGAUUCUGCGGGAAGAAGGCCCAAAGGCUUUGUGGAAAGGAGCUGCUGCCCGUGUGUUUAGAUCCUCUCCCCAAUUUGGUGUGACUUUGCUGACCUAUGAAUUGCUACAGCGAUGGUUCUACAUCGAUUUUGGAGGAGUGAAACACACAGGAUCAGGAUCAGGCUCUAAAUCUGGGCUCACAAUGCCUACUCCCAAUCCUGAUCAUGUUGGAGGCUAUAAACUGGCAGUCACAACAUUUGCAGGAAUUGAAAAUAAAUUUGGACUUUACCUACCUCUCUUCAAGUCAUCUACCUCAAAAGUUACUGAAAAGUGAAAGACUCUAGGAGGACUGAGCCUGGGAUAUUGCUGCUGCUUUGUGGUUACUGCAGGAAAGAACAUAGCACCUUGGAUUGGAGUGAUUUUUUUUUUUUUCACUUAACUUGCAUUUCUAGUUUAAAAUUCUACUAAGGGCUUUUUAUAAAGUGAAAUCAUUUA